AGGGGAUGGUUUCCCUUAUACGUGGGUCAGUGGGUAUGCCCAAGUUAUGUUUGUAUAAAUUCAUUUGAUCAAUAUAGUUACAUAAAAAAAAAAAGCCUUGAACUUCACAGAGGAGAGAGAGAGAGAGAGUCGCCAUGGAUAAGCAAGUGUGCCGGAAAACAGAGGCCAAGCCAAUACGAUGCAGGGCCGCCGUGUGCCGGGGAGCAGGGGUGCCUCUGGUGAUUGAAGAGGUGGAGGUGGCGCCGCCGAUGCCUCACGAAGUUCGGAUUCGAAUCAUCUGCACAUCUCUAUGUUCCACCGACGUCACUUUUUGGAAAAUGAAAGAUCCUCCUGGUUGUUUUCCGAGAAUUUUCGGCCAUGAAGCUGUUGGGGUGGUGGAGAGCGUAGGGGAGAAUGUGAAAGAGGUGGAGGAAGGAGACGUAGUAAUCCCAACUUUCUUAGCAGAAUGCAGAGAAUGCGAAGACUGUAUGUCGGAGAAGAGCAACCUGUGCACAAAUCUGCCCUUCAAGUUUUCGCCAUGGAUGGUGAGGGAAGAGAGUAGCCGAUUCAGGGACAUGAAUGGAGAAGUGUUGUACCAUUUUUUAUUCGUCUCCAGCUUCAGCGAGUACACAGUAGUUGACGUCGCCAAUGUCGCCAAAAUUCACCCUGCAAUUCCCCCCAACAGGGCAUGCCUCCUCGGCUGUGGCAUCUCCACCGGAGUUGGAGCUGCUUGGAGAACAGCAAACGUGGAAAAAGGAUCAACAGUUCUAAUAUUCGGCUUGGGAGCAAUUGGAUUAGCAGUCGCCGAGGGAGCCCGACUCUGUGGAGCAGCUAGGAUUAUUGGUGUGGAUGUGAACCCUGACAAAUUUGAAAUUGGCAAAAAAUUUGGAGUUACGGAGUUAAUAAACCCAAGAGAUUGUGGAGACAAAAGUUUAAGUCAAAUAGUUAAGGAGAUGACUAAUGGGGGUGCAGACUUUUGCUUUGAGUGUGUGGGUUUGGCAUCUUUAGUACAAGAAGCAUUUGCUUGUUGCCGAAAGGGUUGGGGAAAGACAGUUGUGCUAGGGUUUGAAUCAGCCGAGGCACAAUUGAGUAUAAAUUCUCUGGACGUACUUCUAAGUAAGAAAAUCCUCACCGGAUGUUUGUUUGGUGGACUCAAAGCUAAAUCUGAUAUUCCAAUCCUCGUGAAACGGUAUAUGGACAAGGAACUACAGCUAGAUGAAUUUGUUACACAUGAAGUGAAAUUUGAAGACAUAAACAAAGCUUUUGAUUUAUUUAUGGGAGGAAAAAGCCUCCGCUGCAUUAUAUGGAUGGACGAGGCCUACAGGAAAUCGAGUCUAGGAGCUUCAAGGCAAGAUCUAGACGAGUUAGCUGAGAGUGAGUGUUAGUAGAACACUAUUUUGUUUAUAUCUAAAGGUUUUUGGACACUCUGUGUUGUAAUAUACUUUGGGAAAUAUUGAUAUUAAGAUUGAUGGUUAGUACUCUGGUAUGUAUGAUAUUAGAAGAAUAUUUUACUUCUGUUGUUUGUUUGUUUAAAUUAAUUAUAGGAUGGUAUUACCCUGGACCCCGUUGGGUCCAUGGAUGUUGUGUUUGUCGUA